AUGCCGCACUCCUUUCUUCCAUUAGAUGGCGAGGAAACGAACACUGCAAGGGAGCCAUUUGGAGACCUGGCACCCUGGGCCGAGCCGGCCUGGUAUAAUCAACUAGAGAGCGUCUAUUACAACGAAAGCCACAGGAAACUCCGAACCUAUGCACGGGAGUUUAUUGAGAAACACGCACUUCCGUUCGCGAAGGACUGGGAAGCCGCAGGAGAAGCACCUCGAGCCGCCAGAGAAGCUUGGGUCCAGUCAGGACUGGCCUUCUUGGACGUGCCUCAAGAGUACCGGCCCAAACAUCUUCUUGCUGUCGCCGGCAUACCGCAUUAUCAAUUAGAUGCGUUCCACCAACUCAUUCUCUGGGACGAGAUUUCGAGGCUGCCCAGUGGUGUGGCUCUGGCUCUUGCCGGUGCUUCUGUCGUGGGAGCUCCGCCUAUCAUCGCGGCCGGCACAGAGGAGCAGAAGCGCCGCUGGCUGCCUGGUUUGUUCGACUGGAGCACCAGCUUCUGCUUAGGCAUCACUGAGGCCACAGCGGGCAGUGACGUGAGUGCUAUACGGACCAUAGCGCGCAGAACUCCCGAUGGAAAGGGGUACGUUGUGUCUGGUCACAAAAAGUGGGUGACUGGCGCGCCGUGGGCAACGCACAUGGUCGCUGCCGUGCGAACUGGAGAAAGUCCAGGAAUGAAAGGCAUAUCCCUGCUGGUGAUACCGAUGAAUGCGAAGGGUGUGUCGCAAAAGAAGAUACACAACUCGGGACACAACGCUGGCGGAUCCUCGUGGGUCUAUCUAGAAGAUGUUACUGUUCCGGCCGAGAACCUGCUGGGCUCAGAAAAUGCAGGCUUUUCGAUCAUCAUGUCAAAUUUCAACAAGGAGCGUGUGGUACUGGCGGUAGACUGCAACAGACAGGCGAGGAUGUGUCUCAGCGAGGCAUUAGCUUACGCGCACGAACGCGAGACUUUCGGCCAGCCACUGGCAUCACAUCAGAUUAUCCGAAGCAAACUCGCAACACUGGCCAGAGAGGUGGACGCGCACUGGGCCUGGCUGGAGCAGGUCAUCUACCAUGUCAGCAAGCGUGGAUGGCAGGCCAAGGAGCUGGGUGGAGUCAUUGCUCUGGUGAAGAUACACGGUGCCAGGGUGGUCGAGCUGGCGGCGAGGGAAAGCCAGCAGGUCCUCGGCGGGAGAGGUUUCGAGAAGGGGCUCACUUUCACGGAGCAAGUCACCCGUGAUCUACGACUCAAGGUCAUAGGGGGCGGGAGUGAAGAGAUACUGAACGACCUGGCCUGGCGAGAAGAGCACAAACUGUCUCAUAGGCGAGGAGCGAAACUGUGA